GUGUUUCUGGGUGUUCUUUCUUUUGUAUACCUCAGAGACUGCUUCAGGGGAAGAUACACCUUGUAUAGUGUGGCUUACACAUCGCAUCUACCCUUCUUCCAACCAUGGCUUUCCAGUUCUUCGCCAGGGCGCAUCAAUCCAAAGCGCCCACUUCUCCACCUUUGUCUUCCCCUCAGGCUCCAAGUACGAUAACUUCACCGUCUUCAAACAACUCUCACACCAGGCCACCUAAAGGUCCACCAGCUAUCGUCGUUCCUCCCUCUUCUGGCUCAUCUUCCGUGAGUCUGGCGUCCAAAUUCCAGCCUCCAGCAGGCCGGGACUCAACCCUUCAGGCUGUGCCAUACCCAAAGCCCAUCGCAUCAGGCCACCCCACUCCGCACCCGCAUGUUACCGUCGAAGUUGUGAGCACAGCUCACAUCCCUUCGCUGACCAGAAUCACGGGCUUGCUGCUUCCUAUUCGCUAUCCGAGCUCUUUCUACACAGCCACCAUUACUGACCCCGUGAUCUCGUCGCUGUCCCGCGUGGCCGUCUAUCAUGAUCAUCCGGUAGCCGCUGCUCCCACCUCUGCAGCGCCAACCCCUUCAACGGGCUUGAAGACCCCCACAACUGGAUCAGACAAAGUUAUUGGAGGCAUCAGGUGCCGAUUGGAGCGGUUACCGCCGACUGCUGCCGGAAUCUUGCAAGGCCGGUCGAACUCCGAGCCGACGAAUCUCUACAUUCAAACCCUUCAUCUACUGUCGCCCUAUCGAGGCUGUGGGAUUGCAGCAUCGCUUUUAGACUCACUGCUCUACUCAUCCAGUUCCUUGUCAUCUUCUACUUCAUCCGAUCCACGACCUGAUCAACCAGUCUCAGACCUGGUGAAACAUUACAACAUUCGCACCGUCACAGCCCAUGUCCACGAGGCCAACGAAGAUGGUCUGAAGUGGUACGUCGCACGAGGGUUCAAGGUGGAAGAUGGCAUAGUGGAAAAUUACUACCGGCGUCUAAAACCUUCUGGGGCAAAAAUAGUCAAGCUUGUUCUCCAAUGGACUGAUGCGCCUAAAGAGGAAGCCCUUCCCAGCAACAAGGGUCAAGACCAGCGCAAAGCGCCUGGAGGGGAUGAUGACGACGAUUGGGAGAAAGUUGAAGCUGAAGACGGUGAUGACGAGGAAGACCAUGGAAUACAACCAUUCGCCGAUGCGGAUUCUAAGAUUCUGGAAGUUGACGAGGGGGUGAGCAGGAAGCGUAAGGCAGAUGAUGAGCCCCAGCGGCCAUGACAUUUCAUGUUCUGCUAAGAACUAUAGAAGCACUGCUUAUCGUUUUCUGCCUGAUUUAUCUACAUCUUGGCGUUCGGUUGUUUGCUCUUUGCCCCAUCACUGAUACCCUUAUCAUUGUCAAAUGUUAUUACCAUAGAACACCCUGUCUAUACCAUAUAUAGUUUGGUUCUUUCCACUCAAGUUUGGAUAUAUACUCAUAUACAC